AUGACAAAAGUAUCGGCGCGUCAUGAAGAAGCAGGAACGCACGAAGAUACAGUCGAUGCUGCCAUGAAUCACGGGUCGGACGAGUUGUCACGGCCUCGAGAACUUUGUACCAGACUGGUGUCCAACUGCGAUAUUUCGGCCAGCAAAGUCGCACCUAUCCAUUGUCUCUCAGAGGACGUCCUGAGAUUGAUCUUUCAAACUGGAUGGAAGUGGGAUUCUGACAUUCUGGACGAGGAUCUCUCCCGCGAGCGAAUGCAAUUCUCCAUCUGUAUUGCUUCCGUAUGCCGAGCAUGGAGAACAAUCGCGCACGCCACUUCAAGACUCUGGUCUGUAAUCUACUUCUUCCCGGACCGCCAACGGUCUCUAGUAGCGCUAGAGUCGUUCCUCUGUCUUUCGCGUCGCCAGAAGCUAUCCAUUUCAAUUAGCUACCGUUACGGACGUGAGGACGCAGCCAUUCCGCAGGACAUGUCAAUGGAACAUGUGUGGGUUGCCGCCGUGAUGCGCUUGUUGGUAAAGCAUGUAGACCGAUGGGAGCUACUGGUCAUGGAGCUGGAGGACAUCCGAACGACAGAGACGAUUUUCUCGAUCUGGACUACUCCUGCGGUGGCGCUGAAACAGCUGGUUCUAUAUGCUGAACCCGGCGUCGAGCACCCAGAAUCAAUGAGCUUUCCAUCUGCUCCCGAAUUGCGUUCCCUUGAGCUGCUUAUUCCUCUUCUUUCGCAGACGCACAAUAUCGCGUCCAGCUUCCCAGCACUGGAGAACCUUGUACUGGGCACUUCCUUUCCUGACGCAGACUUUAGAUUUUUGAGAACUUUGCAGCCCAUACAGCACCUAUGCCACCUUGCACUUACUGGUGUGCUUUGUGACAUGCUGCUGCAAGACCCGAAUCUCAAAUUUCAUUUUUCAGCACUUGAGAGCCUCCACUUGGAGGCGACGCCCAUCGACCACGUAUACGAGUGUCUCUCAGUGCUCGAAGCACCCCUCCUCACAACCCUCCGCCUCGAUUUAGAGAACGAACACUUCAUCACGACCCACACGGGCCCGUUCAUUCGCCAGCCAGAACGCUUCCCUCUCCUACACUCCAUAGUAUUUGCCGGACUUGAACCCAAUCUUGGUCUCAGCAAUGUCUCGCAAUUCCUCGGCAGCCUCAAGUCCGCACAGGUGCUCUUCAUCGGACACCGCAUUGAAGAAUUCAUGAAGGCCGCUUCUCUAUGUCGGCCCCGCGAGGGAUGGUGCUUCGUCCGGUUGGCGUCCCUGACGAUCAGCUAUGAUUCCGGCGUGCCGCCCCAGGCACUCCGCGACCUGGUAGAAGCGCGCCGCACAGCCUCCUGCGCAGAGCAUCUCCCGGAGCAGCUUCGGCCGCUGAAAAUCGAGGAGAUCCAGGUGAAUACGUCGGUGGAGCUUCCGACGGGGGAUCGUCGGUGGUUCGAAGCGAAUCUGCGGAAAUUCACGUGGUCGAAGGACCAGCAGCAGCCUUGUCUGAACGGUUGGAUGGAGUUUACAGUCCUCUCUCCAUGA